AUGAUUCCUUGGAAGACUUUGUGUAAACCAAAGGACAUGGGAGGCCUUGGAAUUAGAUACGUUCAACUCUUCAACCUUGCUCUCUUAGGGCAUCAAGUGUGGAGACUAAUAAACAACAAAAACUCUCUCUGUUUCAAAGUCUUUUCUUCAAAAUAUUUCCCUGAUGGCAACAAUUUUCAUGCAAAAAAGGUGGACAAAGCUUCUUUUACCUGUUCAAGCAUUGCGGCAGCAACGGAAGCUCUUAAAGCCGGAUUUGGGUGGCAGAUUGGAAAUGGCGAGAAGAUUAAUACUCCAGCUGACAAUUGGGGAACGGAAGGACUUAAUGGCGAUGUUAUUAGAAGCAACAUCCUCAACCUAAAUGAGAUGUGUGUGAAAGAUCUUUGGCAUGAGGAGAGGAGAAGCUAG